AUGGAUCACUUUUCUUAUAGAACUGCUGGUAAUGCAUCAUAUGUGAUUGGAACACUGGCUGAGACAGACCUAGGUAAAAGACGAAUUGUUCAGAUAUGCACAGACAAAGGUGACCAGGCCAAGAAAAUUUUGCCGGCACUCACAAACAUGCUGGACAUGGCUGAUACAGAAACUGUCAUGAAUGCUGCAGGAACUAUGGGAACAUUGGCAGAAGAUGGGGAAUGCCGUAUGUGGAUGCUACGCGAGGACUGCUUGGAUGAAGCUAUCAUCAAACUAACAAACCUUCUAUCUUCCAAAGACAUGUGUACAGCUAGUAAUGCUGCCUUGGUCUUAGCCAGGCUGACAAUUGCAGAAGAAGGCCGUGCCAGGAUUUUGAACCAUCGUAGUUCGAGUCAUACGUUAGUACAGUUGUGUAGAGCAUUGGGAUCUGAUGAGACAGGUAUAGGGCUUUUUUCAUUGUGCCUAUAACAUAUGUCAUCUGUAAUAGAGGCUCAAGAU